AUGCCAGUCGCCGAAGCAGACGCCGAAGCUGCUGCUGCUUCUGCUGCUGCGACGACAGUAGUAGCAGGGGCCUCGCCCAGCCAUAGGAAUGCCGAUUCAACAGAGGCCGCUGACAGACUCGUUGCCUCGUCGCCACCCUCGACUCCCACGAGCCCCGUGUCGCCGACCUUUCUGUCCGUCGCCGGCCGGGUCAGCACGCCCUUGAGCCUGUUUGUCGACUCUGCGCCCAGCAGCGGCAAGAAGAAGAUGCUGUCGCCGUCGUCGCCCACCAGCCCCGGCUCCGAGAGCGCUGCGGAACUGCGCCAGCGCUACCUGGCCAUGUCGCCCACGGCGUCGGCCGGCACGAGAACCGGAGAUUCGAUGCUUGCAGAGGCGGAGAGGAUGCGCCGGGAGCGGACAUUGCUGCAAGAGCAGCAAGAACAGGAACAGGAACAGGAACAGGAACGGGAACACCAGCAGCGGGAGAGAAGGCGAGGGCGCGAGAGACGGGAUCAGGAACAGGAACAGGAACAGGAACAGAUGGAUGAGACAGCCUGGAGGGAACAGAGCACAGGGACAAACACAGGCGCAGACACACGCACAGGACCGCCGCUGCCGUGGUCGCCCAGCACCAGCACCAGCAUCAGCAACCUGGACUCGAAUGUCGCGGCGUCUGCGUCGUCCGUCGCCGGCGACAGUAACAAGCAUGGCCAUGACCUCUCCAGAGGCGUCAUUUCCGCUCCCCUGGCGCAGAGCCCCAACGCACGCGCCAGGCGAGGAGGCCAACACGAGCGCCCCCGGGAUUCGGACAUCGCGACGAUUACGGGUAAUGCUAAUAAGCUGGGUGCUACUAAUGGCAGCAGCGGUAAUACUGCUAUUAUUACUGCUGCUAGCAGUGCCACCGCUCGUAUCCCUGCACCCGAGGAUGCGCCAUUGCACACGGGCAGCGUGCAGCCGGGCACCAAGCUGGCCCAUCCCAAGCCCAUCCUGCACAUUGCAACCGACGUCUCGUCGCCGUCGAGGCUCACCCACCACGCCGACCUGCUCACGCGCUCCGCGUCCGCCGUCAGCAACGUCGCCCACCUCGAAGCCACGGCCGAGCGCCUGUCCAUGACCAGCAGCAUCGACGAUGCCAUCCGCGAGCUGCACUGCGAACUGAAGCGAAGCGACAGCAGACGAUCCUCCAUCCUCGCCGCCAGGGCCGCCUCCGCCGACGAGCACAACAACCCCAACUCGACGCGCCUGCGCCGCCAUCCCUCCAACUCCAACUCGACCUCGUCCGCCGCCGCGGCCGCCCGGCAAAGGGGCUACUCGCCCGCCUACGGCGUCAUGUCGCCCACCUCCUCCAUCAGCGGCCGCAUGCGCUCCGGCUCCAACGCCUCCGCCGGCCGCCCGGAGCACGACGCCAUCAACUCCAUCCUGUCCCGCCACGGCCCGGGCAAGAGCUCCGUCAGGAGCGUGCGCUCCGCCAAGCCGUCGCUGGCUGAGAUCUCCGAGUCCGAGCCAAUCUCCCUCAACCAGCACGUGCUGGACCAGGUCGACGCCGUGCCCCCGGCUGAGCAGCACGUCGCCGCCGACGCCCGCAGCAUCAUCGAGCAGGACGCCGUCGGCCUGCCGCACACGGACGAGUUCCACGACAUGCUCGAGGGCGGCUUCCGGAGCCACCGGGCCUCCAACCUGGUCCUCGUCAACCCGGAUCUGCCCUCGAGCUCCGACUACGAUGAGCACGAGCACCGCGAUGCUUACGACGACGACCGGCCCAUGACGGCCAACUCUACAAAUACCUUCCAGGUCGCCCAGGAUGCCUUUGUCGAUUUUGACGGCGCCCACUGCGAGACGGACACCGAGGAUGAUCGUUUCGCUUCUACCGUCGACAUGGGGGCGCCCUCGCACAAGCGAGAGAGGCUUCCCGACCUGUACCAGCACCAGCAGCCUCCUGCUGCUCCCCAGCUGCCCCAAUCUUAUUCCCAAUCCCAAUCCCACGCCCAACCCGUAUCCCUACCUCCUAUCGUCGAUGACGAUCACCUGCCCACCCCCCAACCCCCCGCGACCGAGUUCGCGAGGCCGCACUCUUACUUUGAUCAGCAAACCGGCCAGCACAUGCUAUACUACCCAGCCCGUGUCCCUGCCAUGCUCAACCUGCCGCCCAAGCUGUCCAACAAGCCCAAGGCCGCCGACCGCAACCAGCGACGCUCCCAGCUCCUGGACGCCAUGAUGCAGCCCAAGAGAAAGUCCAUCGUGCCCGACCUGGACAAGAUUACCCUGCCCGACCCUCUGUCCGGCCACCGCAACUCGUUUGCCGCCCUGUCGGUGGCUGACAACCUCGAGGGUGUCGACAAUGCCACCACGCCCACCGGCUGGUUUGAGGAGGCCGCAGCGCAAGCACCAAGCGAAGCCCACCCGCCCUCCCUGGAGGAUCUUCGCCGGCCCCAGCGGCUGUCCAAGAUGAACAAUGACAAGCACAAGUCGACUUCCGGCCUGGACCUGCCCCCGCAUCUCCGAGCCAGCGUCUUCUUCGAGCAGCCGUCUGAGCUCCCUGAGAUUGAGAUCAAGGAUGGGUCUGCCAUGGCAACGCUCGAGAGCAUCCUCGAUGCCUCGGCGACUGCUCCCGUCAGCGCCUUUACCGACCACCCGUAUGCCGGCAAGCUGGGCUCAGAGGUGUACGGCAAGCCGAAGAAUAAGAAGACGAAGAAGAAGAAGGAGACCAAGCGCAAGUCACAGCAGCUGGAUGUCGCGACUGCCGAGACAGGGACGAAAGAAAAGUCCACCAUCAAGCUGCUCACCAAGAGGAGCCAUAGCAGCUUGCUCGGCGGCAAAGCCAGCAGCAACCCAGACCCCACCGCCACGCAGGGCGAUGGUCAUGGUGAUGCCCACGAGGAAUCAGAGGAGGAGGAGGAAUCAGAGGAAGAGGAAGAGCAGCUUGAGGAAGGCAUCCUUGACGGCGUACCCACCACGCUCCUCGGCGAAUUACACCUCCGCAAGCAGCAGCAGAAGCAGCGAAUCCUCAACAAUGGCAACGUGGCGCCUCAAGGCCUGCGCGCCACCCUCCUCGAGAUGGAUGCCGUCGCCGAGAUGCAGCGCAAGCAACGCCUGAAGAGCCGCGUCAACCUUGCCUGGGAAGAUCCGAACGUGGCCGCAGAGCACCACAUAUCCGACGACGAAGACGUGCCGCUGGCCGUCAUCGCCGCCCUGCACCAGGGAGCCAAGAACAUGGCCGACGUCGAACGUCCCCUGGGACUGAUGGAAGUCCGCCAGCUGGAGGAAAACGAACCGCUGAGCCACCGUGCUGCCCGUCUCAAGGGACGGACGUCGCUCGCCGUGACCGCGAAGCGCCAGAGCGCACUAAGCCUGGGCCCCACGCGCAUGGCCGAAGUGCAGCCCCCGGCGCCCUCGCCGCGCAUUGUCGAGCCAGAUGUCGGGGCGGACGAAGAUGCACGCACCACCAUUGCCCCCGAACCGCUUGCGCCCGAGAUUGAGGAGGAGACGCUGGCCGCCAGGAAGAAGCGUCUGGCAGAAUCCCAGCUGCCCAAGGCCCGUCCCGUCAGCAGCACCUUUUCCAUGGAGCUUCUGAGCCAGUUUGGCGGUCCCGAUGAGAACGAGACCAAGAGCAGCGGCAAGAAGUCGCCCAACAAUCUGGCUGUCGAGGACGAGACGCUGGGCCAGCGCCGUCGCCGUCUGCAGGCCGAGCGGGAGGCUCGCGAGAGAGAGAUGAGCUAUGGAAACCUGACGGGCGAGAGACCCGUCAGCUACGGCAACCCGACGAACCAGCCGGCCGGAAAGGGGUUGACCCGCCGGGUGAGCAUGGCCGACAUGCUCUCGGUGCACCAGAAUAUCGAAAACCCUCGCAUUGCGGAAGAGAGACGCCGGCAGCAGGAGCAGAUGAGGAUCGCCGAGCAGGAGGCCAGAAUGGCGGCCGUGCGAGCCCAGAUGCCCACGACCCUCAUCCAACCGGGCAACGCCCGCACCGGAGGCUUCAAGGGCGGCCUGUACAAUGACGGAACGGGCGGCCUCGGCCUCGAAGCCGCCCGGUCGAGCACGGCCCUCAACACCUUGCAGACGCGAAGCUUCACCAACACGGGCCCCGGGAACCGAGCGACGAUGAUGGUGCCGCCGACCGGAUACGGCAGGCCGCAGGGACUGCAGCACUCGUAUAGCACGAUGACGGGGUUCCAUGGCGCUGCGAACGGAAUGGGUCCGAUGGGCGGGAUGAACACGAUGAGCAUGUACGGCGCUGGCAACUUGUAUGGCGCGAACGGGCUCAUCAACCAGGGCAUUCCCAUGUCGAAUCCUAAUGGGAGCUUGGAUCGCGUCGAGAGGUGGCGGCAGGGCGUUUUCCCCUGA